CGUGCUGACUCCCUCGGGUGAAUUCGAGUUCAAAGUGUUUGUGGAUGCGUUUUUCAAUCUAACGUUGCCCCCUAGUGGCCAGUAAGUGUACAGCGUGUAGAUGACCCAUCAGCUCCAAAGAGGAAGAUUCAUGUGAAAAAGGAUUGCCCUGAAAAAGAUGCCAUCCAUCAGAGAGACCAUGCAGGACUUGGGCAUUCCUGCAGAGCAGGUAUUGACCGAGCUGACCCAGAAGAACGUGCAUGACACCAACAACGGGAUAGUUCCCAUGCCUUUGACCAACUACCUGGAUACGCAGUACUUUGGAGAAAUCAGCAUUGGCUCUCCAGCCCAGAUGUUCAAUGUAGUGUUUGACACGGGCUCAGCCAACCUGUGGGUGCCCUCACAAAGCUGCUCGCCUUUCUCCACUGCUUGCUUUACUCACAACAGAUAUGAUGCCUCAAAGUCACGGACUUACGUUGAGAACGGGACGGGGUUUUCCAUUCAAUAUGCUUCUGGAAAUGUCAGGGGAUUCCUGACUGAGGAUGUGGUUGUGGUCGGUGGAAUCCCUGUGGUACAGGUGUUUGCUGAAGCCACCUCUCUGUCAGCCGUGCCCUUUAUCUUUGCUAAAUUUGACGGAGUCCUCGGAAUGGGUUACCCCAACAUGGCUAUCGAUGGAAUCACUCCUGUGUUUGACCGCAUCAUGUCUCAGCAUGUCCUCAGAGAGCAGGUUUUCUCUGUAUACUACAACCGGGAUCCAAAACACUCCCCGGGUGGAGAGUUGGUACUUGGUGGCACAGAUCCAAACUACUACACUGGAACCUUCAAUUACAUGAACACAAAGGAGACGGGAAAAUGGGAUGUGACCAUGAAAGGAGUUUUGGUGGGGCAGCAGAUGAUGUUUUGCACGGAGGGGUGCACAGCUGUGAUCGACACAGGCUCCUCCUACAUAACUGGUCCUGCUUCCUCUGUGUCUGUGCUGAUGAAAACCAUCGGAGCACAGCUGGAUGAGAGCGGAUACAAAGUCAGUUGUGACAUUGUGAAGACUUUGCCAAGUGUUACUUUCCACUUGGGCGGUCAGGAUUAUUCACUCACUCAGGAAGAUUAUAUUUUAUGGCAAUCACAGAUCGAAGGAAAUGUCUGCACUGUAGCCUUCAGAGGCUUAGAUAUUCCGCCUCCAGUGGGUCCCAUUUGGAUUCUGGGAGCCAACUUCAUUGCUCGAUACUACACUGAGUUUGACCGUAGUAACAACCGGAUAGGUUUUGCUACAGCGGUCUGACAAGAAGCUCCACAUCACCAUUAGCCAUUCUGAAUGUGUUUUAGUUUUUGCCACUCUUUCCUGCUGUUCCUUGACAACUUUAUGCACAAAGAAAGUCUGUUAUUAUAAAUAACAGAAUAUUAUUCAACUUUGUAUAAAAUGUUCUGGAUCACUUGGGCUGAAAGCUACACUGUGUAGGAUUUAGUGUCAUCUAGUGGUAAGUGUGCAGAUUG